AUGAGACCUCUGCCUGUCAUCCGACUUCAAGUCGUUGAUUGUGUCAGUAAAGUGACCGGAACUAGCCAUGUGGGUGCUCAACGUGAACAACUCUGCUCUUCAAACUACUGCCACAUGACAAGAACCGAGACUUACUCGGAAGACUUUCCUCCAGACGUACUCACCGUCUAUAAUUGUGGUGAUAAGAGUGAAUUCGAUUUUGAUCUGCGACUUAGGAACACCAUAGAUUUUCCUGGGUUGUAUGCGAAUGGCUGCUAUCGUAUUCAGUACCAACCAAUGGAAAGCGUCACUGAUUGUUUCUGCUCAAAGAGUCAAUGUAACACCAAACUGCCUGUAGUGCAAGCUGGACCGGUCCGGUGUUACAUCUCCCAUGGUGCAAAGAAUGAAAGUGUUGUUGAUACGAAGCACUUCUGCAAUGGCGACUACUGUUUCGUUCAGAAGCAUAACGGUAAAUACACCAAAGGUUGUCUUUCAGUGAACGAGCGGCAAUAG